AUGGGCUUCAUGGACUCUAUCCGCGCAAAGGUCGAGCUAUACAGACUUGAGCAGAGAUACGCUCGUCGUGACAAGCGUACCACAGUCUGCAUGCCCGCCGCACGCUAUGUCGACGGCGAAUACAUCUUCGACAACUCGCCCGGUAGCCCCACUGGCAGCGCUGGCUCAUGGCAACACAGCACCAGCUCCUCCAAGCGCAGCCCUGCCGUCAAGGUCAGGGAGCUCAUGUCGAAGAGUGGCCAGGGUCGUACCCAUCGCAACACUUAA